CUCUCUGGUUUCUUAGUGUGCCAGAAUGGGAAUGUUUGUAGUGAUAAAGAAGAGUGUUUCAAAUCUCUGUGCACUGAAAAUUCCAAGGAAGUCUUUUUGUACUGAGAUUGUGAAAUUUGCUAGUUCCACUAGUGGAGAGCCUUCCAAUGAGCAUGAGAAGAAGCAGACUAUUACCAAAAAUAUUCCACAAUAUGAUAUUGCUAUUGUUGGAGGAGGCAUGGUUGGCAUGGCUUUAGCUUGUUUCUUAGCAAGUAUGCCAAUGACGAAGCAGUUGAGUGUUGCAAUUAUUGAUAGCAAUCCGGCUCUGGGUAGUAACUUGUGCAUCAAGAAGGAAGACCCCCCUGAUCCAAGAGUCAGUACAGUAACUCCUGCUUCAAUAUCUUUUCUCCAAGAUGCUGGUGCUUGGAAAUAUGUUGAGCAAAAUAGACAUGCUUAUUUCAAUAAAAUGCAGGUUUGGGAUUAUACUGGUUUGGGAUAUGCUAGAUAUGACGCAAGAGAUGUAGAUAAAGACUUUCUAGGGUGUGUAGCAGAGAAUAAAGUGCUCCAUAGUGCCUUAUUGUCAUGCAUAAAGGAUUCUGAUUUCAAGAAAGCAAUCUAUCCGUUGAGGUUAAUUUCAAUGACUUUGAAUCCAAGAUCUAUGUCUUUGGUGGGGAAUACAGCAUCCAAAGAACCAUCAUCUGCUCAAGGUCAUAGUGCAAAGCUCGAACUUAGUGAUGGCAGUAGCAUAUAUGCAAAGUUGGUGGUUGGGGCUGAUGGAGGAAAAUCACGUGUUAGGGAUUUAGCAGGAUUCAAAACAACUGGUUGGAAUUACUCUCAGAAUGCAAUCAUCUGCACAGUCGAGCAUACUUCUGAAAACCGAUGUGCAUGGCAACGUUUUCUCCCUACAGGUCCAAUUGCACUUUUACCUAUGGGUGAUAAGUUCAGCAAUAUUGUUUGGACCAUGAGCCCAACUGAGUCAAACAACCGCAAAUCAAUUACCGAGGAAGAUUUUUUGAAGGAUGUGAAUUCUGCUUUAGAUUAUGGAUAUGGACCUCAUCCUACAUCAAGUUUAUUAGGAACCCGAGACAUGUUCUCAUGGUUUAAAAUGGAUGCAACAUUAUCAGCUAAUGAAUUCUUUGAAGUUCCUCCAAAAGUAAUAAGGUUGGCAUCUGAAAGAAUGGUGUUUCCUUUGUCUUUAAGGCAUGCCAAUUCCUAUGCAUCAAAACGUGUGGUUCUUAUUGGAGAUGCAGCCCACACUGUCCAUCCUCUUGCUGGUCAAGGAGUUAAUUUGGGUUUUGGAGAUGCAUUUUCUCUUUCAAGAGUUAUUGCAGAGGGAAUUGCUUUGGGCACCGAUAUUGGAGAGGUAAAUUUGUUAAAGAAGUAUGAAGCAGAGAGGAAACCAGCAAAUAUUAUGAUGAUGGCUUUCCUUGAUGGCUUCCAAAAAGCUUAUUCUGUUGAUUUUGGACCUUUAAAUUUUCUGCGAUCUGCAGCCUUUCAUGGAGCAAACUAUAUAUCACCACUCAAGAAAAGUAUCAUUUCCUAUGCUUCAGGGGAGCAUAAAUUGCCCAUCUUCUUGUGAAUAGAGAAAUGACGUUUAGUUAAAGUCAUAGACUAACUUCAUGUUGAACAUGGUCAAUCCUUUAUUGUGUUACUACCAUACAGUGGUCAAAAUAAGUUUUAGCCAAUGGUUCAACAACCCCAAAGUUUUUAUUUUUAUUUUUCUUGAGUGGAGGCCAAAGUGAAAUAAAUUGGUGCCAUGUUUAUUCUCUUUACACCUACAAAAUUGGUCUGUGCAACAAUGGAUGGAAAUUGGUAGUCUUGCAUCUUACU